CAGAGAGGAAGGAGAGUGAAGCUGGGAUAGAGACACCAGCAGGUGCUGAGGAUAGAAACAAACAGGGUGCCAAGAAAAAGCUAGGUUAUCAGGGAAAAGUGUAUUAAAAGAUAAAACUAAAGAACAGAAAAUAGGCAGACAGAAACUAUAAUACAAUCUUAGUUGUUCUUAAGCUGGAGCCCACUUAUUUUAUGCCAUCCUCACUGAGCUCUUUACAAUCUCUUUCUCGUACGGAUUCUCCCUCCUCCUCUUCGUCCUGUCCUCCUCUUUGACAGACAGAGCCACCAUGGACACCGGCAGCCCCAGGAAGAUACAGUUCACAGUUCCCCUACUGGACACCCACCUGGACCCAGAGGCAGCUGAACAGAUCAGAAGACGCAGACCCACACCUGCGACUUUAGUGGCAUCCAGUGAUCAAUCAUCACCUGAAAUAGAUGAAGAUCGUCUCCCAAACCAGCUGUACAAGGCAGCCUUGUUAAACUCUCCUCGACAACGGCGAAAAGGGCAAAAGGGAACACCGACAAUGAAAGAGCUGCAGUUCAUGGUAGAGCACCCCUCUUCAUGCAGCAGCAGGGAGCUGGGGACGAGUGCUCCUCAGAGAGCUGCCUGUCGGACCGCCCCAGCCCCGACUCUGUUCCCACCGGGGAGGAGCUCCCACACGAUGAUGAGGCCGCUGCAGGGGCCUUUGAGAAACUGCGCUGCCAAAUGGAGGAGUUCUCAAGGGAGAGUUUAUUAGAAGCUGCUGAUGGACUCGAGUGCCCCCUCUCCAAGGAGAAGGAGGAUUUUUCCACCGUUGCCAAUGUAGCAGAUCUCUCAUCACAACAAAGCAACGCACAAGCAGAAACAAAAGCAGCAGCAUCCAGUGCGAGUCAGCCGGCCGAGGAGAAAACAAAGAAAUGUAGCCUGAAGAAAGAGAAUUAGAGCCGCCUUCUGUAUAACACAAAGCUGCUCAGUCUGCUCAGACAGCCCAACACAAUGACUAAAGGUUCUGUCUGCAUAUCCAAUUUUUAGAAACAUCAGGGCAUCUAUGUUCCUCUACAGUCAGGCCUUACUAUCCCGAGAACAAGAACAAGGUUUCUAAACAUAUUUUGUGUCAAAAAUCCUGUGUGAAUUAUCUAAUUAUAACAUAUUUGUUGUCUAUAGCCUCCCCUGCACUAAUAAAACUAGCUUAUUGUGCCAGACUGUGAGUUACUAUCUAGUUAAUGGGAAAGCGAUUCCUGUUUCAGUCACACAAUCAUUAUCAUAAACUACCACCAUUCACAUGCAUAAUGUCCACUUUAAUGUUCAAAAGCAAAUUGUAAUCCCUUUAGUUUUUGUCAUUAAAUGUGCCAUGACUCUCUUACUGCAAUUAUUGUUCCAUCUCAAAGCAAUACAAAUGUAUUUGUACCUCAUAGAUAACUGGGACCGAAAUCAUCACUUUUAAAUUCAAAUGUCAUCAUUUAGUUAGUUAGAUGCAAAAUCUUAAAUGAGUGGGUAGAACAACUGGGUUGAUUUACAGUUUAAAUAAAAAAAAAUAUCCACGUUUGUUUACACUAAUGGAUUGGAUAUCUACCAUUACAUUAUUUAUUAUUAUCUACAUUCUUAAAGUACAACUGAAAUACAAUUGCAUGUUAUUUUUCUUCUGCAGCAUAUAGAGCUGCAGCGAUUAGUCAAUUCAUUGAUUGACAGAAAACGUAUGGGAAACUAUUUUGGUAGUCAAUUAAUCCUUUUGAUUCAUUUUUUUAAGAAUAAAUUCCAAAUCCUCUGGUUUCAGCUUCUCCAUUGUGAGGAUUUGCUGAUUCACUUAGUCUUCUUCUAUGACAUAUAAAAUAUUUGGACUGUUGGUCUGACAAAACAAGACAUCAUCUUAAACUCUGGGAAACUCUGGGGGCCAUAUUUCAUUCAUAUUUUUCUGACAUUUUAUAGAGAAACUGGUUCAUCUAUGGUUCAUCAAUGAAUUGAUGAAUCGAGUGAAUAAUCGGCAGAUUCAUUAAUGAAAUUGCUAGUUGUAGCCUGAAGAGCAUUACAUAUCUGCUCUGUAAAUUACUUGUUCUGUGUUCAACUUUGAGUAAAAACCAGAAACCAAAAGGGAAAACGUUAACGGAUUCAUGAAGGCGCCCCCUAUUUUAGCAUUAAUUUGUUAGACUACUGUUUUGGUAUACGUAGAUAGGGACCUUUUUUCCAUACAGCCAACUCAAUGACUUCAUUUUAAACCAUAUAUGCGUAAAGCAGUAAACCUCAUCAUCUUACAGACAGACAACAGCCUGCAACACAACACACUUUCCUGCUAAAGUCUCCUUUUUGUCUAACUUGCAAACAACAUCUCCUGCAUCUUAGCUUGUUGAAUGAGAGACCAAAAAAGCUUCUUCUUUUUUUUCUUUGCAACCAAACAAACAUUCAUCGGGGGAAAAGUGCACUGCUAACGUCAGUUUGCAUGCUAGAUAGAGUAGCUUAUUAGCUGGUCAGCUGCAGCACAUUAAACAGCUUAACUGCCCAUGCCCAUUACAUGUGGCUACAUUUGCUUUGUCUCUCCAGAGGUCAUCUGCUAGCUGCUGUCAAUCAGACACAGCUACUAAGAGGAAAAAGAGUAUUUCUGAUAUUUCUCACAAAGACCUUUUGCUGUUCAAUAAUAAUAAAAAACUAUUGACAACAAAUAAAAACAAAAUGUUGACAUUAUUAUUUUUUAUUAUAAAAAGGGAUAACUAAAUGUGAUUACAGAGGGUUGUGUCUGCAGCUAAAUUUAUAUAUUUUGAGUUAACAAUGAAAAACCCAUCUCAAAUUGCACCCUCAUAUUUGACACAUGAAUGCUUCUUGGGAAUCUACAUCCUGGUCAUAACACACUUUCCUGCAUUGCGCUGAAUGUACAGUGACUUUUCUUUGCUGUGCUUCACUUUGUACAGGAACUAAUUAAUACAGAAAAUCAAACACACAAAUUGUAAUUACCAGCCUUCACAUGUUAUUUCAUCUAUAAUUUGUAUCACUGAAGUGGCUUUAUCAUGUAGAUUAUGCGACAAUCCUUCCAUAACCUUCACAUAUCUUGACAUGCCUGAAAAAAACUGAAACACAAAACCAAAGCCACUCUUGUAUUGAUCACAGCAAUGACCACAAUGAACAAGAAAUACAGUAAAAACAUUCCUGUGCAAGCUUUUUCUUCUGCAGUGUAUUUAUGGACCAUGUAAUGUUUGUUCUGUUUUUGAAUGGUAAUAGUGUACUUUACAUGGAUUUAAAAAGAGGAGUUUUGUUCCAGUUUUACUUGAAUUGUUGAUUACAUCUGUAAUCUAAAUUUGUUUGAUACAAUAAAAUGUUUAAAUUGGU